AUGAAGCUAACCAGCCCAACCCCCACUACCUUCCUCUCCCUCUUCCUGCUCCCCCUCCUCUCCACCCCCCACACACUCGCCCUCCCCACCACCUCCGACCCCUCCCCUUCCACCAACACCACCCUCCCCCUUUCCUCCAUCCUCGACGCCCGCGCCCUCGACCACAUGAACGGCAAGUGCAAGAACGAUCGCUGCAAGGUCUCGACGCGCAGCUACCCCUGCCAGAACAGCAACUGCAAUGGCAAAGGCGGUCAGAAAUGCGUCGUUGCUCCCGGGGAGACGGGCGCGUGGGUGGCGAAAUGCCCGAACAACGAGCUGCCGUAUGAGUGGGAGUGGCCUUGGAAGGCGCCCAAGGUCUAG